UGCACUAAACCACGACCUCCUCUUCGACCACAACUGAACCAAAGAUCAAGAUGUCGUUCUUUGCUCCUCCACCUCCUCCCGCGACCGGCCUCGGCCGGUACCGCGUCCUCUCUCCGCUCGCGGGCAUCCGCGUGUCCCCGCUCCAGCUCGGCGCUAUGUCCAUCGGUGAUAAGUGGAAGGGUAUGGGCGCGAUGAAUAAAGAGAGUAGCUUCAAGCUCCUUGACGCGUACUAUGAGAAGGGUGGGAAUUUCAUCGAUACGGCGAACGGCUACCAAGAUGAAGCCUCGGAAGAGCUUAUCGGCGAAUGGAUGGAGGCUCGCGGCAUCCGCGACCAGCUAGUAAUUGCGACGAAGUACACCUCGAACUUCAAGCGCGGCGAUCCUAACGUUGCUCAAAAAGUCAACUAUGUCGGCAACUCGACCAAGUCACUGCACAUCUCGCUCACGGCGUCGCUCCGCAAGCUGCGCACGUCGUACAUCGAUGUGUUGUACGUGCACUGGUGGGAUUGGGGCACCAGCGUCGAGGAGACCAUGCGCGCACUGCACCGCGUAGUCCUGAGCGGGCAGGUGCUUUAUCUGGGCGCGUCAGAUAUGCCGGCAUGGGUUGUCGCGAAGGCGAACCAGUACGCGCGCGACCACGGCAUGACGCCGUUCAGCAUCUACCAAGGCCAGUGGAACGUUAUGAAGCGCAGCUUUGAGCGCGAAAUCAUUCCGAUGGCGCGCGAGGAGGGCCUGGCGCUCGCUCCCUGGGACGUUCUCGGCGCGGGCAAGAUCCGCACAGAUGCGGAAGAGGCUGCGCGUCGCGAAACAGGCGAGAAUGGGCGCAUGACCUUCAACCCUGACUGGGAGCGCACUCCAGACGAGCGUAAGGUGUGCGCCGCGCUCGAGGUCGUCGCGGGCCAGGUCGGCGUGACGAGCAUUCAGGCAGUGGCGAUCGCGUACCUGAUGCACAAGACGACGCACGUGUUCCCCAUCAUAGGCGGGCGCAAGGUCGAGCACCUCGAGGCGAACAUCGCCGCGCUCGAUAUCGCGCUCAGCCCGGAGCAGAUCGCGUACCUCGAAGCCGCUCUCCCAUUCGACGUAGGCUUUCCGGCGUCCAUGAUUGGCACCGGCCUCGAAGACCCGCCCCUCCUCAAGUCCGCGGCACACAUGGAUCGCUGGCCCCUCAGGCAACCGAUCCUGCCGGUCAAGAAGAGUGGAUUGUAGAGCGUGCGAUUGGGGGAAUCUACUCCGUUCACAGGUCUCUAAUGUAAUGGCAUGAUUGAACUCUACGCCGGGAAAACAAUGCGACUAUAGGAAGUGUACAGGCAAUAAUAUUGUUUUUAUUCUCGGAC